AUGCUAUACUUAUCAUAUAUAUCAUAUAUAGGCUAUAUUUUUGAUAUUGAUGGGUCAACUUUAUCAAAUAAUGAUAUUGAAAUACUAUGCCAGUGGCCAACAGAUAAUGAAAUAGAUGAUGCUGUUAGGAUAGCUUAUGAAAAUGCUGUAUCAUUUACAAAAUUAUUAAAAAUGAAUUGUAUAUCUUCUUCCUCCACUUCAGACCUAAUCAUUAAUGAUAGUGAAGAUGAAAUAGAAUCAAAUAUUAAUGAUGAAUAUUGUGUCACAAUUAAAGAGGCUGCUGUGGAAACAAUGAGAUUAUUUCAUUCAAUGGAAAUUCAAUACAUUUUGAACAAUGAACCUUCAACUGAUACAUAUUUUGUACUUGAAAAAGAACCUGAAGAAGAUAUUUUUACUAAUGGCUUUUCAAUUGUAGCCAAAAUUUUGAAUAUAAGAAAAUCUCAUGAGGCCUAUUCACAUUCAAACAUUUGCACAAAUAAUGAUUCUGGACAAACUGUUAGAAGAAGAUUGACUAGGUGGCAAGGCAGAAAAAAUAUUGAAAAUAUGUUUUAG